GCAGAGCCGCGAGCUCCACCGCCUGCUCCCUGUGUGCGUCCACUGUUGUUCAAAGCUACCGGAGAGCCGCCCGGGGUCUUCGGUGUUUAAUGAGAAACAGAUUUUUAAAAUCCGCUGACGAAACAGACCGGAGGAGGAAGAGGAGGAGGAGAGGAGGAGAGGCGGAGGAGGAGGAGGAGAGGAAGAACUGCAGGAGAGACACAGGAGGAGAAGGAGAGGAGGACAGGGAGAAGGAACAAAAACCGGGACAGGAUAAUGCUGCGGAUUUAACUGAACGAUGUCCAACGUUACCAUGGAAGCAACCACCAUGCUCCCCAUCCUGAAGAAGAAACUGGCCUUUCUGUCAGGGGGCAAAGACCGGCGCAGUGGUCUGAUCCUGACCAUCCCGCUCAGCUCGGACCAGACCAGCAUGGAGGAGCUCAGCACCACGCUCAACUACCUGCUCAGCAUCCCCAGUCAGAAGUGUAAGGCUCGGGGUUUCACCGUCAUCGUGGACGGACGGAAGUCUCAGUGGAACAUCGUGAAGACUGUGGUGCUCAUGUUGCAGAACGUGAUUCCGGCCGAGGUGUCUCUGGUCUGCGUGGUGAAGCCGGAUGAGUUCUGGGACAAGAAGGUGACGCACUUCUGCUUCUGGAAGGAGAAAGACCGCCUGGGCUUCGAGGUGAUCCUGGUGUCGGCCAAUAAGCUGACGCGUUACAUCGAGCCCUGCCAGCUGACGGACGAUUUCGGGGGGAGUCUGGACUACGACCACAACGACUGGCUCAACAAGAGGCUGGUUUUCGAGAAGUUCACCCGGGAGUCGACGUCGCUGCUGAACGAGCUGACGGUCAUCAACGACGGAGACAAGGGCGGCGCCCUGGACAAGGACAAGUCAGCUGACUGCGGCCUCCUGCCCUCCAUGGACCCCGAGACGGUCCUCCAGACCGGUCACGAGCUGCUGUCGGAGCUGCAGCAGCGGCGUUUCAACGGCUCCGAGGGAGGAGGAGGUCAGGGAGGCCCGGCCUGGUGUCCCAUGGAGGAGGAGCUGCUGGCCCAGCCUCAGGUGAUGAAGCUGCUGGACUCGCUCAGGGAGCAGUACACCAGGUACCAGGAGCUGUGCAGGCAGCGAAACAAGCGCACCCAGCUGGAUGAGAUCCACGCCAAGGUCAUGCAGGUGGUCACCUGGCUGCAGGGUCCAGGCUCAGAGCUGCUGAAGACGCAGCAGGCGAUCGGGGACUCGACGCGAGCGGCUCAGGCCCUGCAGCAGAAACACGAGGAGAUCGAGAGCCAGCACAGCGAGUGGUUUGCAGUGUACGUGGAGUUGAACCAGCAGAUCGCCGCCUUGCUCGGCGCCGGGGAAGAGGAGGAGGUGGCGGAGCUGAAGGCGCUGCAGCAGCAGCUGAGCGACGUCUGCUACCAGCAGGCGGCGCAGCUGGAGGGCCGGCAGCACGUCCUGCUGGCGGCGCAGGGCUUCCACGGCAGCACGCAGGAGCUGUCCCAGCAGCUGGACGGCCUGCUCGGCAUGCUCUGCGCCGACGUGGCUCCGGCCGACGGCGCCUCCAUUCAACAGAACCUCAAGCUGCUGGAGGAGAAGCUGCAGAUUGUCGAGGCGGGCCUCGCCGCGCUGCGCCAGAAGGGCGGGCUGCUGAUGGAGCAGAUGAGCACCGUGCCGCCGCCGUGGCCCCCGGAGGAGGCGGAGCAGAGUCCGACCGGGGAGCAGCGGGACAGCGCUCAGCACGUCGAGACCGUGAUGGAGGAGUUGCAGCUCCGCAAGCAGAGGUGUGAGGACAUGGUGGACGUGAGGAGGCUAAAGAUGCUUCAGAUGGUCCAACUGUUCAAAUGUGAAGAAGAUGCUUUACAGUCAGUGGAGUGGCUCGGCGAGCUGUUGGACGCCUUGUUGAAGACCCACGUCAGACUAGGGGACGACUCUCAGGAGACCAGGACCAUGUUGGACAAACACAGGAAGUUUGUGGACGUCGCUCAGAGCACGUACGACUACGGCCGCCAGCUGCUGCAGGCCACCGUGGUUCUGUGCCAGUCGCUGCGCUGCACCACGCGCUCCUCCGGGGACACGCUGCCGCGCCUCAACCGCCUCUGGAAGCAGUUCAGCGUCAGCGGAGAGGAGCGGCAGCACCGGCUGGAGCUGGCCCUGGACUUCCACGCCGCCGGAGAGAGGGUGUUGCUUCAGGAAUGUGCCGACUCAGAGUCUCUGGACGAGGUCGACUCCUCCGGGAAAACUCUGCUGGACAGACUGACCCUCCCUGUUAUCUUCCCUGAUGGGACCGAGCAGUACUUCGGGAGCCCCGGCGACACGGCGGCGGCGGCGGAGGCCGUCAGGGAGCGCCUCCUGCUGGUGGAGGAGCGGCGGCUGCAGCUGCAGGAGGCGGAGCUGCACGACGACGAGGAGGAGGAGGAAGAGGAAGCGGGGGCGCUCGACGGGAAGGAGGCGCGGCUGGACGUGAUCGGCGAGGAACUGAGUGAGAAAGAGGAGGAAGAGGAGGGGGGGCAGCAGGAUGAAGACUUGGAGAGGGCCACGCAGGACUGCUAGUGGGCGUGAACCUCGAGUGUGGGCGUCGGCCUCGGUGGGCGGGCCGAUGAACUUCCACCGGGGGGGGAAAGCUGCGGCCGGUCGCUUCCGUCUCCCAGCAGUUCGUUCCCGCCGCUGCUAUGUUCUCUCUCCGUUAAGACUACAUUUCCCAUCAGCCUCUCCUUCCCGAAGGACGGGGAGACGCGUCGGAACUGCGAGAGCCCCGGAAACGACGGCGCCCUCUCGACCGGUUUCCUGCCGUUAACGGCGUCCAGGUGAAACUCAUCUUCACGUCUCUGGAUGCCGACGACGGACCGGCUGUAAAAUAAUUUUCGGAUGAGAAUAGUUGACGCCGCCUCCUUUUUUUCCCAGCAUGCAUCUCGUCUACCGGAGUGGGUGGAGCUAACGUGGUCACCACGGUUUCCGUCCGUGCCUCCUCUCGCUUUUCUAGCUUCUUCGCCCCCCCCUUUUUUAAAUCCCCCCCCCUCCGCCUGACUGCAGAUGACGUCAUUGGCCUGAACAGGAGGGGCGGAGCCACGGCAUAUCAGGUGAUGUAGGGGAGACACGGAACUCUCCAGGCUGAAUCACAAGCGAUUGAGCAGAGCAGCUUGUGGAGACGACCACGAGUCCCAAAGAGCUCGGCCCACCGAACGCGAGAUUACGGUUUUACCUCCUCCGAGAUGAAAAUAAAUAUGUAAUACCAUAUUACAUUUAGAGCUCUGCUUUAUUGAGUUUCCACCGAAUUAAUCCUGGAGUGGAAACGUGCAGAAAGGGAGAAAGAUUUAGAUUUAUGGUGAAAACUCAUUUAAACUUGAUCCCUGAAAUGGUCUCUGGGUCUUGUGACAUUCGUGUUUCCAUGACGACCAUCUCGCUGCCUUUAUGACGUCGUCCAGCUUUCCCCCCCGAUCCAGACAUCAGAAUAAGAACAAUUCUCUUUUCUAUUUAUUUUCAUUUUGUUUUUCCAAAUAACUUGUGGGUAUUUUUUGACCAAUGACUGUAAGCGUCACCGCUAAAGACCGCGUCUUGUUCUCUGCCCCGUAAUAUAUACAGAUGACAUCCUCCAAAUAAAGCUUUUUAAAGUGGA